AGCCUCCAGGUCUGGAAGGGCCGGGGCGGGGCUUGGGGCGGCCCAGCCGCCGCCUCCCCUUCUACCCACCACGGCGGCGCCCGAGGAAUCUAACAAGCACCGGCCGCGUUCCCCGCGCAGCCCAAGCCGAAGCUGCAACCUGCGCCGGGCUGGGGCCAUGGGCGCCCCGCGCCACUCAGGUCAUGAGGACGCAGGCGGAGGCAGCAGGGUCGCCGCUCGAGCCCGGGGAUUUUGUGCAGUUGCCUGUGCCCAUCAUCCAGCAGCUGUACCACUGGGACUGUGGCCUGGCCUGCUCCAGGAUGGUGCUGCGGUACCUGGGCCAGCUGGACGAUGAAGAGUUUGAAAGUGCCCUACAAGAGCUGCGGCUGACCAGGAGCAUCUGGACCAUUGACCUGGCCUAUCUGAUGCGCCAUUUUGGUGUGAGGCACCGCUUCUGUACGCAGACUCUGGGCGUUGACAAGGGCUACAAGAAUCAGUCCUUCUAUAGGAAGCACUUUGACACAGAAGAGACCCGAGUGAACCAACUAUUUUCACAAGCUAAGGCCUGCAAGGUGCUGGUGGAAAAAUGCACGGUAAGCGUGCAGGACAUCCAGGCACACCUUGCCCAGGGCCAUGUGGCCAUCGUGCUGGUGAACUCAGGGGUGCUGCACUGUGACCUGUGCUCCAGCCCUGUCAAGUACUGCUGCUUCGCUCCCAGCGGCCACCGCUGCUUCUGCCGCACCCCAGACUACCAGGGCCACUUCAUUGUUCUCCGUGGCUACAACAGGGCCACUGGCUGCAUCUUCUACAACAAUCCAGCCUAUGCUGACCCAGGAAUGUGCAGCACCAGCAUCAGUAACUUUGAGGAGGCCAGAACCAGCUAUGGCACCGAUGAGGACAUCCUCUUUGUCUUCUUGGACAGCUGACAGUAGGAGCCUGGUAUGCCCAGGCCCUUGGAUCCCAUACCUGCCCCUCGCCAGGCAGGUCUACUCAGGAUGCCCAGGCUGGGGGCUAAUGGGGUUGGGAUGCAGAACUGUAGCCUCAGCCUGCCUGACAAAGCCCUGGAGAACUCUAGGAGACUAUGGUACAGCUAGUUUGUCCACCAGUGCUAUGCAUCAUCAUGCCGCUUAUUCCAAGCACCUGCUGAUUGCUGGAGCUAUCCCCAAAGCAUCUGAGAGGAGUCUCCUCUAGGACCCCAGAUCCAAUUCCAGCUGUGCACAGAUGAAGUUCUCCCUUAAGGGUACCCAUGUUGGCUUCCAGCAAGGGGAAAGGUCUGGCCUCAGGACUGAACCUUGAAGAGAGAAGUUGUUUGACCUGCUGCUUGUCAAGACAGCAUCUGUGUUUGGAGAAAGCACAGCUGAACCCCUUAAAGCCUGAUCUAGAAAUGUUCUAUAGCACUCCCUUCCCCACCCCCACCCCAUGGUGGAUACCACCAUGGUGCUGCCUCCUGCCUUCAGGGUAUACAUGUUUCUGUGACCCGUAUCAAGGCUAGGUUACAAUACAGCCUAAAACACCCCAUAGCCACUCUGCGGUGCAGACAUAGGAAUGUUCUCAGCCUUUUGGAUACUCCAGCUCUGUGGGGUGCAGAGCCUUCGGGAGUUGCCGGGCCCAGCUCCACUACUGGCUCUGUUAGCCAGCAGCAGAGGAAUUCUCCAGGAAUCAACAGCUGCCCAGACCUGAGACAGCCUUCUAUUUCCAUGAUGCCUUCUGGCACCAGCCUGAAUCACAACAGCAGGGACUGUCUUGGGCGGGGGGGGGGACCUCCGGGUCUCUGGGGGCUGAGUGCUAGGGCCUGUGCUCCUAACACAGUGGGCAGGAGGCAGCACACAGCUUCCACCCACCCCAGUUCUCAUGCCAGGACCUUUUGCACAGAACAUUGGCUCUCUUCUGUCUUGACAGAGGUGGAUAAUGCCCAGAUCGUAUAGCACAGCAAGUAGCAAUGACAGAAAUUGAUUUAUUUUUCUUUCUGGAAGCAAGAGUGUUUAUUUCAUUGAAAUUUAAGAUUUUACUUUUUUGGGGGUUGAGUGUCACCUUCAAGUAAGACAAUAAUAGUGAGACUGCAGGUACUUUGGAACCACUAGCACCUCUUUCACACAGCAGGUAGGCUAGCUCAAGUUUUUUUCAAAGAAGAGGCUUAGCCAAUUGUCUGGGUGCCAGGGCCCUUACCUUAUAAAGGGAGUGGCUAAAGCACUGGGGACAGCCUACCAAGACUGGUGGAGCUGGAUCUUGAACCUAUGUCUGCACCUAAGAAACAAGGGAAAUAAGUGGCUUCCAAAGAGGCUAGGGACACCCAUCCGUCGUGGACUGCCUCUGAGAAGGAAGCAGGAGUACCCCGAUAGCCCACCAUCUCUGUACUCCUGGGACUUGAUCUUCUAGUACCCCAGGUAUGAUGUGGCAGCUGCUUCCCCUGCCCACCAGUGGCCCUUUCUCAUCUCGGUAGCUCUGAGGAGCCAAGGUAGUUUGUGCUUACAAGGGCUGUCAGAUCCCCCACCCACACUGCUCCUCAAUAGCAGAUAGCAUUGGCCCAAGAGGGAACUUUUUUUUAAAUCUAGGAAGCAACCCUGGACUUUAGAGACUCAUGUUAGCUUUCCUCUGGUCUCAUUUCCAUUGCCUUAAUGCUGGAUCAGCCAGGACUCCACGGAAUUGUGACUUCCAGCCCAUAGUACUCACAAUACUCACAGUCCUAUGGGAGGUUCUGGUAAGCUUCUGGUGAGAAUAACUACAUGAAGGAAGCCAACAGGACCGCAUGAAGCCCUCAGGCUCUGUGGAGGUGCAUGAAGUGUGGUGUACAUGCUGGGGUGGCAGUCAUUGGGAACUGGCCUCCACAGAAAGUGGUCAUAGCACCUCUUCCAUCCAGGACAUUUAGGAAUGCUGACUUUGGGCCCAGAUAAUGGAUUUUCAGAGCAAGUUAUAGAUUACAGGUCACCUGUUGGUAAAAUUAACAACAACAAAAAACAAACCCUGCUCAUCCCCAAGACACAGAGGAGGAUCAUAAAGACAGUACACAAGCCUUGCUGUGUUCUUGCACAAGUCGGGAAAAUGGGACUGGAAAAACAGCCUGGACAUCAGGGACUUUGUCCACAGCACAUGGCACCCACAACUGCCUAGCCCAUCCUCACACUGCACCCCAGUGCAGCCUCGGAGCCACGUGGGACAGAAGGUAUCUUUGUUCCCUCCAGCCACAGAGGGAUGAAAGGGAUCUUUUGCAUUGCAGAGAUUUUAUACAUAAAUAUAUUUUAUUUGUAAUGAGUCAUUCUCAAUAAACAUUACUCUUAACUGCAUAAUAGUGGCCUCUCUUGACUGGCCUACAUGAACUUGC